AUGAGCAGCGACGGCUUCACCCACCUAAUUGCCUUCAACAGCAGCACCGGCUUCGAAAGCACCUCAGGCUCCACGACGCCAGUCAGAAAGCUCAGUCUGGACGAGCUGAGCUCCACCAAACGACGCAAGAUGGAGAAGACCACAGCUUCCUGGACUGACGAGGAGGAGUUGUACUUGGUUGAGCUCUUUAUCAAGCAUCUCAACGACUCUCGUACCCCAGACAGUGAAAGACCCUCCAUUUAUGGCUCCAGAUUUGCCAUUGAGACCUAUACCACCAUCGCCCACAACAUCAACAAAAGAUUCUCCAAAAACUACACAAAAAAAAACAUUCAGUACAAAAAGGAAAACAUCUUGAGAAACCUAAACACAUACACAAUGCUAAUAAGGAGGGCCAGGAACGACAAGUGGGACCCAGAGAGAAAAAUGUUCAAGUUCGAUCAAGAUGAAUGGGACAGAUUAGAGGAUAAGGUAGGCUCCAAUUUAUCCUUUUAUAAAAACAGAAAGAAAAACUUUUCGAGCUAUUUCAGAUUAUUUCAGUUCAACGAAGCAAUUCAUGAAUCAUCCAGAAAUUCUUCCACUAUAAACUCAAUCUCUAAUUUACAAUUGGAUUUAUUCCAAAAUUUGAACUCUAACUCAAAAUCAAUUUCAAAUAAUACCAUCGCAAAGAAUUCUGCUUCAAACACUGAUAACAUCAUGGAUAAGAUAGAAAAUAUACAGAAACUUGAAAACGAAAGUAGAAAUGAAAGUGAAAGUGAAAGUGAAAGUGAAAGUGAAAAUGAUGAUAAAGAAAAUCGAAUCGAUAAAACUAAACAAAGCCUAAAUAUUGUCAAUACUAAAAUAAAUGAAUUGAAAAAUAAGAAAACAGAACUUGAUAUAGAAACUCAAAUCGAUAACGAUAAUCCAAAUGAGAACCACACUAACCCUAACGACAAAGAUACUGACUUGCAGAAUAAAAAUAAAAAAAAGAGUAAAACAAUUACUUCCUCUCAUGAAAACUGUUUCAAUCCUUAUAACAACAUUCAUUUCCACCCACAUAAUCAAUCUCAAUUAAAUCCGCACUUAUUUCAAAAUACUCCAACUCUCUAUCAAAACUACAAUUUCAAUUCUGGUCUUUCCAAUUCCCAUAAUAUACUGAAUCCCAAUGACGAUCAAUUACUAUUACCAUCCAAUUAUUCUUUACUAAAAAAUAAUUUUAAAAUAUCCAAACAAAGAAAAAAUGAUUCUCCAAAAACUGAGAAUCCUGUUGAGAAUUAUUUUGCUUCCAUAUUCUAUGAUGAAAAAAAAAUUAACCAAAUCACAACCAACCUAGAUCUGAUAAUUGAAUUGGGUAAAACAAAAGAAGAAAAAUAUGAUAUAAUUAUGGAAAAAAUCAAUGAUCUUUUGAAAAAAAAUGUAAUAACAUCAAAGUUUUUUUACUUUUUAAUCAAUAGAGAUUACGAUUUUUUAUAUAACUACGUUUUUCUACGAAAAAAAUUGAGUAAUCUGGUUUUAGGUCAUUAUCUAGAACAAAAGUGCAAAGAAGUUUAUGACUAUAAAGAAUAA